GCGGCGGCACGAUGCUGCUGUUCGUGGAGGAAGGGGUCUGGAGGAGGGAAAAUUUCCCUUUCUGGUGAAAGGGAACUGGAGCAUUAUGACAGUCAAGUCUUUAAAAGCUUAUGAGUUCCCAGAGUCCUUGCCGAGUAGCCGCUGCCUCCGCUGAUGUUGUCGGAUGUCAAUAAAGAGAGGUUGAAGGCAACACUUCUCAUGGAGCAGGUAACAUCAAAAGGUGCUGGCUUGAACCCCAACGCAAAAGUGUGGCAAGAAGUGCCCCAGGGCAGUGCUGAGGCCGUGCCCCCCACCAAUGGCACAGAGCACACGUGGCAGGAGACAGCAGCAGCCCAGGGGACUCCAGCUGAGGGUAACAUAGAGAUCUCAGAGGACAGCUGCAAGCAGUAUGAAGUGAUGUAUUCCCCGUCCUGUGAAGCCACAAGGAAUGGCACAGGAGUUGAUGAGGCGUCAGCAAAUGGAAUUGUCCUGGCGACUGAAGAUCUGGGAUACCAAAUCUAUGAAGUGUCUGGUGAUGGCAGCUCCACUGUGUCCACAGAAGAUAUCAGAGAAUGUUUGAGAAAACAGCUUGAAUUCUGCUUCUCUCGAGAGAAUCUUUCAAAGGAUCUCUACUUGAUGUCUCAGAUGGACAGUGAUCAGUUUGUUCCAAUAUGGACAAUUGCCAACAUGGAAGGGAUUAAGAAGCUGACAACGGACAUGGACCUUAUUCUUGAAGUUUUGAGAUCUUCUCCUAUGGUACAAGUGGAUGAAAGGGGGGAGAAAGUCAGACCAAACCACAAACGAUGCAUUAUCAUUCUCCGUGAGAUCCCCGAAACUACACCUAUAGAGGAGGUGAAGGCUCUGUUCAAGAAUGAGAACUGCCCCAAGGUGAUAAGCUGUGAGUUUGCUCACAACAACAACUGGUACGUUACAUUCCAGUCCGACACCGACGCCCAGCAGGCAUUCAAAUACUUAAGGGAAGAAGUGAAAACCUUUCAGGGCAAGCCAGUAAUGGCCAGGAUAAAAGCCAUCAACACGUUUUUUGCUAAGAAUGGUUACCGGGUGGUGGAUUCCAGUGUGUAUCCCCAGCCCGUGCAGACCCAAGCCCAGUUUGCCUCCCCACUGUUUAUGCAGCCUGUAUAUAGCCCUCAGCAGUACUCCAUUUACAGCAUCGUGCCUCAGACGUGGUCUCCAAAUCCUGCACCUUACUUUGAGACACCACUGGCCCCGUUUCCCAACGGUGGAUUUGUGAAUGGCUUUAAUACACCAGGAUCAUAUAAAACAAAUGCUGCUUCUCUGAGUAUAGGUCGCCCAUUCCACAGGAAUCGGGUCAAGCCCCAUUUCCGCUCGUCCAGCAGCUCGGAGCACCCGGAGGGGCCGCCCGGUGCCGGGGCCCUGCCCAUGGGGGACCUGAGCAGAACCAGCUCCAGGAAUUUUGUCAUGGAGCGCCACAACAGCUCAUUAACGGGGCACCAAGACCAAGGGUAUUCCCAGAAGGAUUCUCCCACGGCACAGCUGGAGCAGAACGGCGAUUACGGCGUCGGCAGGGGCAGGAGGAACGUGUUCAGAGGUCGCAGGAGACGGGAGGACGACCGGGUUUCAAGACCUCAGCCUUCAGCAGAAACAAAGACUCAGACACCAAAGUUUGACUUGCUUGCAUCCAAUUUCCCACCUCUGCCUGGCAGCACAGCAAAAAUCCUGGGAGAGCCUGUGCUGGAGAGCAGGAUGUCCGACGUCGUUAAAGGAGUCUGCAAAGAGAAGGAAAGCAAAGACUCCCUGUGCCCCUGCCCUGCUCCUGCUCCUGCUCCAGAAGAACAAAUGCCCAGCACUGCCCAACCACCCGUGCCCAGCGUGAGCUCCCCGAGCCAGACUGAGCCUGUGGUGCUGAGCACGGUUCAGCCAGAGAGCAAACCAGAGGAAGUGUCUGCUCCAAAGGAUGUGGCCAGCCCGGCUUCUCCGCCGGCAUCCGUCUGUCCCAUCAGUGCUGCAAAGCCACCGAGGACAAACACCUCCUCACCUUCUGCUCAAGCAAGUGCAGCUCCUGCUCUGUCAACACAGGAGCCUCGCAAGCUCAGCUACGCCGAAGUUUGCCAGAAGCCCCCAAAGGAGCCCCCUCCAGUCCCCGUGCAGCCUCUGAGGGAGCACCGCACCAACAUCGUGGCCCCUGCCAAAAGCGAAGAGAACGGUACGGCGGAGAAGGCUCCGGAGAAGGCUCCUCACGAGAGGCCCGAGGGGAGAAUGAAGGAUUUCUGCGGCUUCCGCGGCAGCGGAGCUCCCAGGGGAGCUGCUGCCAAAAUCAGGGAACAGAGGCGCCAGUUUGGACGCAGAUCUUCGCCUCAGGGAGCGCCGCGCCGCGCGGGCAAGGAGCAGUUCGUGCCACCCCGGUCACCAAAGUAACGCUGGGCCAGCCAAUGAUUCUCUGUUUCACUUGAGCUGUGGACUAAAGAGCAGCAGAGAGACUGAGGAGGAGGGAAGGAUUCGGGAAGGGGAGUAUUGAACUGGAGCGUGGCUUGUGUGGAGAAGUUGUGGAGGGUCCCAAAAUUCAUCUCUAAAAGUGAUUUCACAAAUGCUGGAGGAUUCCAAUCACUAUAAAUAUAGAGAUUAUAAUUUUUGUAUUUUUGUUUUUAAUUUGCAGAGGGUUUCCUGCUUGAAAUCAGCUUUGGGAUUGUGAAAGUAGCGUUUUGACAAAGUGAAAGGAUAUGAGUUGACAAAUUAACCUGUCCCUCGGUGUAGGAGGCAAAGGAUAAGAGAAUAUUAUUUUUGGAAAAUGAGCAUUUCUGUAAAAUUAGAACUUUUUUUAACCUAUUUAACGUUUGGCUUGUGGGCUGGUGUGUCUGCCAUGGAUGGCCUGGCAUUGCAGAGGCCUCUGCAGCAGCAUGAGCGGAGCGAGUGCAGCCAGACCUGUUGUCAUCACUUAGUCACUGAUGAUGAAAACUGAAUGUACUACUGUAGUGUAACCCAUGUGUUUCCAGCUUGAAGUAGAGUCUCUUGACCUUACUAAUAUUUCAUUCAGCAAGCUUUUUAAGGUAUAAGUUUUGCAGGAUACUGGAUUGUAGAUGAGAGUGUGCGGACAGCAGAAAUUGUCUCGUAGACGCAGUGGAAGGAGGCAAAGGGAGCAUGUGAGAAUCUUUAUUAUGCCCUUUUUGCUCGCCUCCUUUUGAGGGCAACUCCUUAGGUUUGGGGUUUUGUUUGUUUGCUUUUUCCCUCUCUUGUUACUUUCUCUAAUUUCUUUAUUACAGACUUUAGUGCAUUUUUCUUGGUGUGUUUUCCUGAGGCAGCCCCAGGGUAGGAUGGGCAGGUGGUGUUACCUGCACAGGUAAGGAGCCUGGAAUUCCAGCUGCAGAUGCUGAAUUCUGCCUUGCAGGUGGGAACUCUGGGCACUCUCUGUCAUCUCUGGAUGACUGGGCAGCAAACCAGAGCUGUGGCUGGGUUUUCUCUGUGCUGACUCUGGAAUAGGCUGUUGGCUGCUGUAUUGCCAGAAAUCAGGGUUUAGGCUCCUGGGAACUUGUUGUUUACAGCUGAUGUCAUAGCAACUGACUCUUUUUAACUGUUUAAAGUGGAACUAAAGAUGCAGAGUUAAGGAAAUCCCCUCUGGAGCAGUGGCUCCUUGCCAGCUGUGUGCUGACUGAAUUUGCAACACUAUUGUGCAGUAAGUGGUUAAAUUUCAGGGUGAUUAAUGACCGAAAUAGGAACAUUCAGCGCAUUAAUCUGCCAAAAUCAGCAUACCAGGGUUCAAAGUUCUGUAUAAAGCGUUAGGGAAAAGUAGCUUCCAGCAGUAAGAAUCACAUCUUUAUUUUUUCCUCUUUUUUUUUUUUAGUGAAUAGCAAGUGUACAAAUUUAAAGUUGUAAGUUGUGAACACUGGAAAACUCAAUUGUGAUAUAUUCCGUAACCAUCUUAGUAAUAUAUGCUCGUGUUGCCAUAGAAUGAAUGUAAGUGGCAGUUAAAAUAACUGUGAAAUUUUUCAUCUUCUGAUUUCUUAGCCAGAUAACCCUUGGCGACUUGGGCCUCAGUAGGAAUUCUCUAUCAACUGCUUGGAGAACACUCAUAUCUAUUUUUAUAAAUAUAUAUAUAAAGCCAGAGUUGUCAUUUCUCUAA